UACGUUUAGGCCAGUGUGUGGUGAUAUGUUCUGUUGGAACAACGUGCUAGCUGCAGUUUGGAAGAGAAGACGCGUUCGAUUGUGUUUAUGUGAAGAGUUUUUUAAGUUUUCCCCGUUUCUUUCCUCCCUAUUGUCUCAAAUAUCUCAGAAAGAUGAGCAACGCAAGUACUACUAAAAGCAUUCCAGUACGACGUGUACAGAUUACUGAACCACAACAUAUGCCCUCGCGUUACUCAGAAACUCCUGGUGGAACGAUUUUCAGCACGACGCCUGGAGGAACAAGAAUUAUAUACGAAAGAAAGUUUUUGUUGGAUCUAAAGAGUUCCCCUCUUUCUCAAACGCCAACGAAACUUCCAAUCAUUCCAGGUGUCACAUUAGAUAGCAAUGGCAAAAUAAUAGAGGAAGAAGAGGAAGAUUUGAACAACAAAAUUCCUGAAUGUCCAAAAGCUGCUCAAAAUGGCGAUGCGAAGAAAUCUAAUGAUGACGAUCUAUUUGCAAUGGACAUGUAAGGUGCAAUCAUUUCCUUUGUAUAUAUUAUUGAGAAACUUGUGUUCCACUUGUUCAAGAAAGGUUGGGAUAAACUUGCUUAAAAAAUCAGAUGAUUAAAAACAGCUUAUCAUGUAAUGAUAAACAUUGUCAUGAUUACGUAUUUUAUACUGUACUGUCGUUAGUCUACACAAGACCUUCAUGGGAAAACCUUUAUCAUUCUCGUUAUCAUCUUCACCCAAGACAUGUAAUGGCUGCUUAUGGGUUUUUUGCUGUUCUGUUCCUAAAAACACAAAGAUAUUUUUUCCUGUUAAAUUUAUGUUUUUAAAUAACUAUAAUUUCCUAAGUUUUAACAAUAAUUAAAAAAUACAUCUUUUAUUUCUUUUUGAACCAACUACUGCAAGAAUAUCUUUCAAACUAGGGUGAGUGCGUCUCUGUCUGUUGCGCCUUUGCAUACCACUUUUUUGCGUCUAUUUUCUAGUAGUUGACUCCUUUUUUCAUCUUUUAUGUGAUAUGUGGGUGUCAUUUUGGUGUUGUGUUUCUGUAUAUAGUUGCAAACAAACAUUUUUGGACCAUUGUUCACGUUGUGUCAUAGAUAUUCCUUGUAUAUUAAUUUGCCAGAGAGAAAAAAAUACAAAAACUAUGUAAUUGUGAGUAAAAAAAACGAAGAAAAACAAAAUAUACAUAUAAUAA